GUUUCUCUCGCGAGAUCUGACAACACUGCGCGCGAACAAAACAAAAGCAAAAUGGCGUUCGGUGGAGAUGACGUUAUUGUGGGGUUUAUAGUUCUCUGUCCUUAAUCCGUACAUGUGUACAUAAAUGGCGUUAAAUAGUGUUAUACAUCGUUAAUAAUUGUUUGUAUGCCGAUACAUUAGUCUGAGUGCACUUUGACGCUUGUCGCGCUAGCUUAGCUCGGUCGGUAUUUAGUUUAGCUUGCUGGCUGCUCACAAAGGGACGCGGAAGCUAUCAAUACAUUGCUCAGCAGAGAUCAAGUGUGAGUGUAAAGUGUUAUGAUUCUGUCAAAAUGUCUGAAAGAAGGCUAGCAGAGUACGAGGAGAAACUUUGUCCAACACAAGAGGAGAACGAGCGACAACGUCAUCUGCUGGACGCUGGUUUCAAGAAGCCUCAAGUUGAGUUACACAGAACAGACAUGUGUGAAGAACACCUUCUCCCUGAGCAGCAGGAGUGGACUUCCAUAAUGGAACAGGAGCUACAGCCUACCAACAUUAAAGAGGAAGAGGAGGAGCCGCAGACCUCUCCUUUUAAAGACGAAGAAAGGCAGCCACUGCCCCCUCACAUUAAAGAAAAAGAGGAGGAAUACAGCAUCAGUCAAGAGGAAGAGUAUCUUGAAGGACUAGAGGGGGUUGAUGUCAUUAAGAUCCCACUGACUGGUGUAAUUGUGAAGAGUAAAGAUGAGGUCAAAGGUGAAAGUGAGGAGAAGAGAGAGGUAGAGCCUCCAAGCAGCAGCUCAACUCAACACACAGCGUCACAAUCUCCUGACACUCAUGAUGAAGACUCUAAAACUGAUAAGUCAUUUCACACCGUUAAUACACACUUCCAAUGCUCUCUAUGUGGCAAAAUGUUUCGUCUACGUGGUAAUCUGAAAAGACACGAGAGAAUACACACAGGAGAAAAACCCUUCAUGUGCUUAGUUUGUAGUAAAACCUUUUCCCAGAAAGAACAUUUGAUAAAGCACACAAUAAUUCACACCGAAAAAGAAACAUUUAACUGUUCAGUCUGUGGUAAAUGUUUUGGAAAAAAUAGUGAGAUGAAAGUACACAUGAAAAUACACACGGAAGAAAAAAACAAACCAUUCAUGUGCCCAGUUUGUAAUAAAAGGUUCUCUCAAAAGGAAAAUUUGAUAAAACACACAAGAAUUCAUACUGGAGAAAAACCUUUUAUCUGUUCAGUCUGUGGUAAACGUUUUCUACAAAAUAAAACAUUUAAAGUACACAUGAUAACACACACUGGAGAAAAACCAUUCAAGUGCACAGUUUGUAGUAAAAACUUCUCUCAGAAGGAACAUUUAAUUGUACACACAAGAAUUCACACUGGGGAAAAACCGUUUACUUGUUCACUCUGUGGUAAAUGUUUUAUACAAAAUAAAACAUUUAAAGUGCACGUGAGAACGCACACUGGAGAAACACCAUUCCUGUGCUCAGUUUGCGGUAAAAGGUUCUCUCAGAAGCAACAUUUAAUUAUACACACAAGAAUACACACUGGAGAGAAACCUUUUGCCUGUUCAAUCUGUGGUAAACGUUUUCUACAAGAAAAUACAUUUAAAGUGCACAUGAGAACACACACUGGAGAAAAACCUUUUAUCUGUACAGUCUGUGGUAAACGUUUUGCACAAAAAGACACAUUUAAAGUACACAUGAGAACGCACACUGGGGAAAAACCUUUUGUCUGUUCAGUCUGUGGUAAACGUUUUGUACAAAAAGGAACAGUUAAAGUACACAUGAGAACACACACGGGAGAAAAACCUUUCUGUUGUACAAUCUGCGGUAAAGGUUUCAGACGAAAUACAUUUUUGAAAGGACACAUGAGACUACACACUGGUGAAGAUCCGUACACCUGUUCAAGCUGCAACAAAACCUUUUGUGACCGAUCCGCACUUGCUAGACACAUGAGAACGCACACUGGUGAAAAACCAUAUUCCUCUUCAAGCUGCAACAAAAGCUCUUGUGACCGAUCAAACCUUGUAAAACACAUGAGAAGACACACUGGUGAGAAAGUGUUGCGAUGCAGUGUGUGUGAUGAAAGAUUCUCUUAUAAGUACCAGUGUGAAAAACACAAGUGUGCUGUUGAGAACAGCAGCAGCAGCAGCAGCAAUUGAAUCUGCAGGAAACUGUUAACACUUUAACUCUGACUUUCUAACAACUUCCCUACAUUUAACACGUGUGACUUCAUUGUUGUUUGUAACACUUACUCGUUAAUAUGCUUCUAUGAUUUAUAGAUUAUAUUUUGUAGAUUCCUGCUUUUAUGUCAGUCAGGUACAUGCAUUAAUAUAAACUCUGUGUUUUUUUAACUUGUUUUGUAAAUAUGUGAUGUAUAUAUACAUUGUAACCGUUAACACUAUUUUAGUCAAGUACAUGCAUUAAGUGCAUUUAUAUAGAACAUUGUGUUACAUGUAUUUCAAAAUAAAAAAUUUUAGUGACUGAAAAAUUGUUAAUCAGAUUCAGGGUUUUUUUCAGAACCUUAUAGCUGUAUUCAUUAAAAACUAUAUACAGUCCAAAACUUACAUAUAUUUCAUAAAGUUAACAUUUUAUGUGUAUUCAGAUAUUUAUACUUCAUAAAAGUGUUUAUGCACAUCACAUGGACAAAGAUAAGACUUUCUGGAGGAAAGUUCUGUGGUCAGAUGAAACAAAAUAUGAGCUGUUUGGCCACAAUACCCAGCCAUAUGUUUGGAGGAGAAAAGGAGAGGCCUUUAAGCCAACAUGAAACGGCUUCAGGAAAACACCAACAAAACAGGAAGGGCCACCAAAAUAACUGAAGAACUGUGGACACUCUUGUGAUUUUGGAUCACAUCGGACUGUCUGCCCCGCAGAACGAAUUUGAGGACCAGUCAUAGACAAUUUAGAGUGAAAAGCAAAUGUAAUUUUCACUCGUAUACAAAACAGUCUUACUUGGAUUUUUUCCCUGGCUUCGAGACUCUCCCGAAGGACAGUGCGGCGAAGACACAACAAACUCCCUUCUUGUCUCUCAUGGACACACACCUGUUGUUGUUGACUUUGGACUAGCGACUGCAUGAACAUCAAGGCCGCGGAACAGAGACACACUGCAGGCUUACACACAAACAU